GGUACGAUUUUACUUUUAAUUUAUUUAAAAUUAAUUUUUUUAAAAUCAAUAAACAAUUUUAUGGAGUUAAUCAUUGAUUAAUAAUGUCUGAGAGUGAUUCUGACGAAGAAACCACCGAAUCCCGUGUCACUAAGGGUAAGAGUAUAUAUGAGAGGGAGGAUGAUUAUAGAAGACAACGAUUAAGGCAGAGGUUAUCCCCCGAGAGGUAUGAUCCUUUUUCUGGGAAGACUCCUCUUCCUGAGGAGCGUACGUUCGCCGACGUGAUGAAGGAAACUGAGAUUUCACGACAGAGAAAUGAAAUUAGUAAACACAUUAGUAAACAUGGGAUGACUAAAGAAGUUGAAGAGGCUAUUGAAGAAACUAGAAGAUCUAAAAGGAGAACACAAAGAGAUCGAUGGGAUACAGACGAUGUUGGAGAAGCUCAAACACCGGCAUUUGAUGGUACAAUGGAUGGUGCCACACCGUUUGAUGGUUCAUUUGACAUGUUGGAGAAAAAGAAAGUGAGUAGAUGGGAUAAAACACCGAUGAUGGAGCAACAGACUCCAAUGGCUCAUACAGGAAUGUACGGAAUGGCAACACCAAUGACACCGCAAAUUGUAGUACCAGAGAGCAUGCUGAAGUUUAAUAUUACAACCAGUUAUGAGGAUAGGAAUAGGUAUUUAACAGAUGAGGAGUUGGAUGAAUUGUUACCAAUUGAGGGGUAUGAGAUAGUGUUGCCUCCACCAGACUAUCAGCCGUAUAGAAAACCAAGUUCAUACACUUAUGGCACUGUUACACCACACUUUACAAUCCCAGAAGAUGUGAGAAAACCGUAUGAUAUUCCAGGUACUCCGAGCAUUUUACAGGACGUCGAAAUUAAAGCUGAAGACCAGCAUUUCUUCAGUAAAUUAUUCGAUGACUCAACUGAAGAUGAUUUGACAUCAGAUGAAAUUACUGAGCGUAGGAUUUUAGCCUUGUUGUUGAAGGUUAAGAAUGGUACGCCACCGCACCGAAGACAAGCAUUAAGAUUACUGGCGAGUAAGGCUAAGGAAUUUGGCCCAGGACCACUUUUUAAUCAGAUUUUACCCCUGAUGAUGCAGUCCACAUUACAGGACCAGGAACGUCAUUUAAUGGUUAAGGUAAUUGAUAGAAUAUUGUUUAAAUUGAGAGAUUCGGUACGUCCAUAUGUGCAUAAGAUUUUGGUGGUAAUUGAGCCCCUGUUGAUUGAUGAAGAUUAUUAUGCCAGAGUUGAGGGUAGAGAAAUCAUAUCAAAUUUAAGUAAAGCUGCUGGAUUGGCAACUAUGAUUGGUGUUAUGAGACCUGAUAUUGAUCACCCAGAUGAAUAUGUUAGGAACACUACUGCCAGAGCUUUUGCAGUUGUUGCAUCUUCAAUGGGCGUUUCUUCUCUAAUUUUAUUUUUAAAAGCUGUUUGUCAAUCGAAAAAAUCUUGGCAAGCUAGACAUACAGGAAUAAAGAUAAUACAGCAAAUAAGUUUAUUAAUUGGAUGUGGAGUAUUACCAUAUUUGAAGCAGUUGAUAGAUAUAAUAAAGCACGGAUUGAACGAUGAGCAUCAGAAGGUGAGGACAAUCACAGCAUUGGCUCUGGCUGCCCUUGCUGAGUCCUCAGCUCCAUACGGUAUUGAAGCUUUUGAUCCAGUUUUGAGACCGCUUUGGAAGGGAAUUACUGAAUAUAAAGGAAAAAAUCUCGCUUCAUUUCUCAAAGCUAUUGGAAAUAUAAUACCGUUGAUGGACCCUUACUAUGCAAAUUAUUAUACUAGAGAAGUUAUGCUAAUAUUGAUAAACGAGUUUAACACGCCAGACGAGGAGAUGAAGGCGAUAGUGCUGAAGGUGGUUCGCCAGUGUGUGUCAACUGAAGGUGUUACAGCAGAAUAUAUUAAAUCUGACCUUUUGGGUCCUUUUUUCUCGAAGUUUUGGAUAGUGAGGAAUUCACUUGAUAAGAAGAAUUCUGACUUAUUAAUUGAGACUACAGUAGAGAUAGCUCAGAAAGUCGGCACUUCAGCAAUUUUGGAGAAGCUGGUAGAAGAUUUGAAGGAUCCCUCAGAACCAUUCAGACGCAUGGUGGCACAGUGUAUUGAAGCCAUUUUAAUCACAAAUAUAAGAACUACUGGGAACUCAGUGAUCAGUUCAGAUAUUUUGGAAAUCAGCACACGACUUGAAGAAUUGUUAAUUGAUGGAAUGUUAUAUGCAUUUCAGGAACAAGUAAAUGAGGAUUCUGGUGUUUUGUUAGAUUCAUUUGGAACAUUAAUUCACGUGCUAGGAGCCAGAGUUAAGCCUUAUUUACCCCAGAUUACAGGUCUGAUAAGGUGGAGAUUGGGUACUCAGUCCGCUAGAACAAGACAACAAGCUGCUGAUUUAAUAUCGAAAAUGGCGCCAGUCAUGAAAGUUUGCGAUGAAUUACAAAUGUUAAAUCAUUUGUCAUUAUAUUUGUACGAAUAUCUGGGUGAGGAGUAUCCAGAAGUACUGGGAAGCAUAUUAUGUGCAUUGAAGAGUAUUGUGAAUGUGGUUGGAACAACAGAAAUAACUCCACCUAUUAAAGAUCUGCUGCCUCGUUUGACGCCGAUUCUGAAGAAUAGACAUGAAAAGGUGCAAGAGAAUGUGAUUGAGUUGAUUGGGAGAAUAGCAGAUCGAGGUGGCGAUUUGGUGUCACCCAAGGAAUGGGAUAGGAUAUGCUUUGACCUGAUUGACCUUUUAAGGGCAAACAAGAAGAGCAUUCGUCGUGCAACUGUGAACACAUUUGGCUACAUUGCACGAUGUAUUGGACCACAUGACGUUUUAUCAACUCUGUUAAACCAUUUAAAAGUCCAGGAAAGACAAUUGAGAAUUUGCACUACCAUCGCAAUUGCAAUUGUUGCCGAAACCUGUUUACCAUAUUCCGUCCUACCUGCCAUGAUGAAUGAAUAUAAAAUUCCAGACCAAAAUAUACAAACUGGAAUUUUAAAAUCAUUGUGCUUCAUGUUUGAAUAUAUAGGAGAGAUGUCGAAAGAUUAUAUAUACAGUAUUGUGCCAUUAUUGGAAGAUGCAUUGAUGUGCCGUGAUUUGGUACACCGUCAAACUGCCGCUUGGACUUGUAAAUAUUUGGCCUUGGGUGUGUUUGGUCUCAAUUGUGAAGAUGCACUUAUACAUCUGUUAAAUUAUGUGUGGCCUAACAUAUUUGAGACAAGUCCUCAUCUUACACAGUCUGUGUUUGAUGCUCUUGAUGGGUUUAGAGUUUCAUUAGGGCCCUCAGUUAUUUUCUAUUAUACAAUUCAAGGACUUUUCCAUCCAGCCAGAAGGGUACGUGAGGCGUAUUGGAGAGUAUAUAACAAUUUAUAUUUGGGACAUCAGGAUGCUUUGGUGCCGUUAUAUCCUUUGAUAACUGAAGGCGUGGAGAACAAACACCAGGCAAAUGAGCUCUUAUAUAUGAUUUAACAUCGCAUUAAUAAACUUAUAUCGUAUA